GCCCUUUAAAUCAAGAUUUAAAGGGCCCGGGGAUUUAAGGCCACGCCUCUUCCGGUUACAGCCACAUCCUCUGCUCAGGACUCCAGGGUAGUGGGCCAGUCAGUGACUCCUGCGCAAGCCCUGGGAGGGGAAUGCAGGAGGAGGAGAGGACAGAGUUUGGCCUGCGGACGCUGGAUUACUGGUGAUGAUGCAGGAGGUGGAAAAACAGGGAAGGACUGUCAGAAUCCAGCUGGCCUGGAACCAUCUGCAACUUGCGAAGUGAAAACAUGUGAUCUGAAAUCACUGAGACACCAUAACAGUGGAUCUGCACAUUUACCCUGCCAGGGCUAUGCAUGCCGAGCAGCAGACAGGACAGCUGAGCCCAGCACAAGAGCAGUUCUGGGAAGGCAGCCAGAGAUUCCAGUUUACAGCUAGGAAGCGGGGCAUAGGGCAGUGGGCUCCAAAGCAUUCCUGGGCAUGCAGCAGCCUGGGAGAAAAGAAACUGAUCAGAGAGCUGAGGAAGUGAAAGGAGGCGUGGCCUCUAUGCAGCAACCAACCCUCUGCACCUGCUGUUCCCCUCCCUGCCCAGGGCCUGUUGCAGUCCAGAAGGAGCAAGAGACGGUCCCUCUCUGCCAGGGGCACACACAGGCUAGUCCCGUCCUCGGUAGCCCCUGUUGUUCGCCUCCUCAUGGGGCUCAACCAGAGCAUGGGGCUCUACCAGAUGCCAGCUGAGGAACUCGAUAUAUUCAUCACCAACAACCUGCAGCCCAACCAAGUUUUCAAGAUGCAGAUCAGCACAGCCAUUAACACAAUCUUCCUAUUUCUGACCCAAAACUGCUUCAGAAACUCUGGCUCUGCCAUGCGGGUGCUGAAGGUGGUUAAGGCCGGCUCGUCAGGGAAGGGCACAGCCCUGAAAGACGUCUCCGAUGUGGACCUCGUUGUGUUUGUCAGCAAGAUUACAGAUUUCUGGGCCCUGAAAGCAGAACGGAAAAAAAUCAUUGCUGAAAUCCAGACAAGGCUGGAGGAAUGCAGAGGGUCCCUGGGAAAAGACCUAGUGCUGAGCAUUAAGAAAACAAAGUGGGAGAACCCCCGUGUGCUCACUUUUACCCUAACAUCUAAUACCAUGGGGGAGCAUAUUGAUUUUGAUGUGCUGCCAGCUUUCGACGCCCUAGGCCAGCUGUACAGAGGCUAUAAACCCGACCCCGAGGUGUACAUCAGGCUGACAGAGAGCAAUCCCGAAGGGAGCGAGUUCUCCCCCUGCUUCACCGAGCUGCAGAGGAAUUUCGUCAUGGCUCUCCCCACCAAACUGAAGAGUCUGAUCCGCCUGGUGAAACACUGGUACAAACAGUAUGUCCUUCCCCACAAAAAGAAGCUGGGGUGGGAAGAGUCCCUGCCCCCCCAGUACGCGCUGGAGCUCCUGUCUGUCUAUGCCUGGGAAAGAGGGGGCAGGGGUCCAGCCUUCAACAUGGCCGAGGGCUUCCGGACGGUGCUGGAGCUGAUCCGGCAGCAUGCCCAACUCUGUGUCUAUUGGACCAUCAACUACGGCUUUGAGAAUGAAACCCUGGGAUGGUAUCUGAAGUAUCAGCUCUAUAAAUCCAGGCCCAUCAUCCUGGACCCGGCAGAUCCAACGGGGAUCGUGGGGCACGGGAGCCGCUGGGACCUGGUUGCACAGGAGGCUGAGCGCUGCUGUGCCCAGCAAUGCUGCUGGAAGCGCAAUGGAUCCCCAGUUCAGCCCUGGAAUGUGCCGUUGCAGCAGACAUGGAGAGCAGCUGAAGGAGAUGAUUUUGAUCUGCAGUCUCGGACUAGGGACAAAGAAUACCCCAUCACUGAGAACCAGAUGUUUGCAAAUGGUAGCCAUGCUGCAGAGGAGGAAUCCUACUGCACGCUCCUCUGACAGCUGCCUCUCAGCCCCCGACCCUGUCAGGAGCCCUCCCUGGGGCAGGGCGGGCAUUACUGGAGAGGUCUCUCCCUGCUCUGCAACUUCCUCCUUUCAGAAAAUGGCCCCCAGGGGCCAGUUGAGGACUAGCCCUGACGGGACGUGACCAAUCGGCUCGUGCUCUGUGCUCCCCCAGCUCCCUUCCCCCUCCCUGCUUUCUCUCCUUUCUUGUAUUUUUAUUGUUCUCUUAAUCAGAAAUAAAGGUCACUUGAUGGGAAA